CUAUUUAGCUAUCGUAAAUAUGAUACCGAAAAAAACGCUGGUCAAAGAUGCACACAUUGUGAAAAUUGCUGUGGAGUUGGAGAACUAUGUGCCGCAACUAAUAUGUUUGGAUCAGCGACAACCUUUAACUGGUAAAAUCCAAGAGAUUUGCAGCUAUUGGGAUAUAGCUGAUCCACAAAAUUAUGCGCUAGAAUUUUGUGAUGUGAACAAUCAAAAAUAUGUCACCGAGAAAAAUCGCAAUGAAAUCAAAAACGGUUCAGUAUUACAUUUGUCCUAUUCGCCAUCGAAAACCGCGAACGAUACACUCGAAUCAUUAAGCUCGGGGUCUAUUGUGGAGAAGACGAAAUGUUUGAAACAACUUGCAACACUUAGCAAAGAUCAUACUUUCGCUAUGGAAUUCAUCAAAGAAAAAGGUCUAGGUAUUAUCAUCAAGAUGAUAGAAGAUACUUCACAAAAAGAUGACGACAUACUAAAAUACAGUUUGCAAAGCUUCGUCGAGCUAAUGGAGCAUGAUACGAUUUCUUGGGAAAUAUUGCAAAGCACAUUCAUACAACGGAACAUUUAUAUUGUUUGUAACUUUCAACAUUUUCCAAAAGAAUGUACGCAAAGUGCACUUUCCAAUUUGGAGAAUAUUGUGCAAAAUAGCAGUAAAUAUGCAUUAGUCGAAAAGGAUGUCACGCUACAAGAUCUACUACGUCUAUUGCAAGAUGCGAAUUCGGCAACAACACAACAGAAUGCCAUAGCGUUAAUCAAUGCGCUGUUCAUGAAGGCGGAUGAAGCACGCAAGCGACAGAUUGCGCAUACAAUUAGCGCAAAGCCAUACCGUUUGGCAUUGAUAGGCAAUGCAUCGGGGCGUCAAAUGGAAAUGACGCAUCAAUUGUAUGUCUUACAAACACUCACUUUGGGCUUGCUGGAGCAACGAAUGCGCAUGAAAAUGAAUGCACAGGAUCAGGAUGCGCACGAUAAAAUCAAAGAAUUACGACGCAUUGCCUUCGACGAUUACUCCGGUCAAUUGGGAGUAGGAGAAGAGCAUUUGCGACGCGGUGGCAGCGGUUCCGGUGGUGGCAAUGUAAAUUUUUCGCAAUUCUAUAAGAAAUUGGGUUUCAAGUGCGAUAUCAAUCCGGCACAGGAUUUUAUUGAAACACCACCAGGUAUUUUGGCAUUAGAUUGCAUGGUGUACUUUGCACGCACUUACACACAACAGUAUACAAAAAUCGUACACGAAAACUCAUGUCGUGCGGACGAACAUGAGUGUCCUUUUGGGCGCACCUCCAUUGAAUUGGUAAAGGUGCUUUGCGAUAUACUGCGUAUUGGUGAACCGCCAGCAGAACAAUCGGCAGAUUUUCAACCAAUGUUCUUUACGCACGAUCAUCCAUUCGAGGAAUUCUUUUGCAUUUGUAUUAUAACGUUAAAUCGUACGUGGAAAGAUAUGCGCGCCACCGCGGAAGAUUUUCAAAAAGUAUUCAGCGUAGUGCGUGAGCAAAUAAUACGCACACUCAAGGAACGCCCGGAGAAUCUGGAAGAGUUUCGUGCCAAAAUUGCGCUACUCACCUAUCAAACGAUCACUAAUUUACGUCAACAGGAACGCAUCUCAAAAGAGGAAUGCGAUUCCACAGCCUCGGCUAUUGUCAAGUUGAAAGAAAAGAUCUCACCACACAUACUCGAUUUAAUUAAACAGCAGCGUCUAUCCUAUUUGGUAGAAGGCACACGAUUUUCCAAAUACUCACGCGGCACACGUUCCAAAGAUAAAUUUUGGUAUGCUCGUCUCUCACCCAAUCAUAAGGUUAUACAUUAUGGUGAUUGUGACGAGAAGACCGUGCCAACGCUCGAAGAACUCACUAACAAAAAAUCCGUUAUCGACAUAAAACAGCUACUCGAGGGCAAGGAUUGUCCACAUAUGAAAGAAAUGCGCACACGCAAAAAUGCCGGCAAUCUGGCAUUCUCCAUUACGAUCGAUUGUGGUGAGAACACUACAUUGGAUUUUGUAGCGCCAGAUGAGACCACAUUUCACUAUUGGACAGAUGGUAUAAAUGCUUUACUGGGUCUGCAGAUGACAAGUAAACAAAUGAAAGAAGAUUUCGACACUUUAUUGUCGAUGGAAAUCAAAUUACGUUUGCUGGAUACUGAAGGUGUGGACAUUAGCAAAGAUCCACCACCAAUACCGGAAGAUCCAGAAAAUUAUGAUUUCUGUUUCGAGAGUUAGAAAAGGUGUUUUGUGUGCCUUGCAUGAUUGUAUGUGUUGUAUGUAUUGAUGUUGUGUUGAUAAUAACACAAAUACAUAAGUAAAUCGGAGGAUCUUUUUCGAAAAACAUGCCAAAGUAAAGUAAGUCUAAAUUUAAUACAAUAUUAACAAUUUGUAUGUAUUGUUUUCUAUGUUUAUAUGUAUGUCGUUUGUAGGUGUCCCUUUGUAGCGGGACUUGUAUAAUAUUUUAUACCAAUCUACAAGUAACUACAACCAAAAAUACAAUAAAAAAGCAAGAAAUUUGAGUACUAUUUGAGUCAAAUGAACAAAAGUAUCUAACAAAUUAUUAUAUAAAUAAUAGUUAUUUGUAUUUUUCCAUAAUAUGCAAUAUUUUUAUUUACGAUUAUGCCACUAGAGCUUUCGUGUGAACAACAAACUAUAUAUAUUUAUUUUUACAUUCUUUAAGCUAGACAUAGUAUGCUAGUAUGCAUUUUCUUUUUUUGAAAUACAACAUAUUAUGAAUUUAAAACCAUUAAAAUAGCAUUAUGCGAAACUUUUUUUUACUGCUAUGGGGAGUAUUUGGGUGCUAGGCGAGUUCAUACAACUACUUUUUUAUUGCUUUUUAUUAAUUUUCUAGCAAUUUACAUUGUUGGUAACAUCAAUACUUUCAAGAAAAUUUCGUUUUUUUUUUUUCUCAGUAUUAGUUAUUGAUAAGGCUGUUAUGAUAUACUGCGUUUAGGAAUGUUAAUCUUAUUUCUAGCGCUAUUCGUAACACCGUACAUUAAGUUACACAAUAUAAAGGCUACAAACAAUUUAUAAUUAAUUUGUAACAAUUUUUUUUUUUUUUGAAAUAUGUUCUUUGUAAGACAAAUCCGGUUCGUUUCGGUCACAUCGAUCAGAAUCGUUGGAAAGCACUUUGAAACGAAAUAUUUAAAUAAUUUUCCAAUAAAGUCUUUCGUUUAUGGUUGUUUCAUACAUUUACUUAAUGUAUUCAAUUAGCAAUUUUCCUAUGUCAUAUUAGUCUAGACAAUUUGAUAAUGAACCGAGUAAAGAUAAUAGCUGUAACAUCUUGGUGCACUCUUUCAAAUUAAUAAAAUAAUUUUGCGCUAAACAAAUAAAUUUUGUAUAGAUAAAACAAAUGAGACAAAUUUGUAUAAUGUGUUGAUUUUCGCUUUAAAAUCUCUCGAAAAUUGUACUAAGCGAUUAUUCGUUCCAAAACAGCUGUGUUAAUCCAUAAUAUUAUUCUUAUUUCAAGUAAUGCUUGAAAUUUGUUUUUGAUUGAUAACCAGAACAGGGGAUUUAGACGAUCUCGGUGUUAAUUUCAGUACAAAAAUUAUUAUUUCGUACAUCUUGCAACGCUGAAUUUCCUUUAAAUUUGUUUUUCAAGUUUCUUCGGAACAAUAUACGCCACAUAAGUCGUCACAAAUUUGCAGUCAUUCUCGUUUUGGUUUUUUUUUUGUAAUAAUGCUUUGUAGACUUAAGCCGUGAAGUGAAUUUAUAUUUAAGCUAAAUAGCCAUCUUCCGUUCGGUGUGCAUUUAGUUGCCUGGAGGGGUUCUUAUAAGCCCGCCCCCCAAUUUGAAUUAAGCUAUUUAUUAUCCAUGUGCUGGUAUUUUACGGCGCCGCGCAUGAGCGCGUACCUAAGUUUUCAAUCAAAUAUUAUCCUCCA